AUGAAGCUUUUGACCAAGUGGGAUGAUCCAGCUGAUGUUAUACUGCUGUACUAUUGGGUGUGGAAAAACGAGUAUGCGCCAAGUACAUGGAGGGAAGGAGUGGUUGUGAACUUGUUUAAGAAAGGAGACAAGACUGACCCAGGAAACUACAGGGGGGUCACACUGUUGAACACAGUAGGAAAAGUGUUCUGUAAGCUGCUGAACGAUAGGAUAGUGGGAGUAUUGGAGAACGAACACAGCAUUAGUGAGGGCCAGGCAGGUUUCCGAAAGAAGAGGGGGUGCGUAGACCACGUAUUCACGGUAGGAAGAAUCAUCCAAGGUAGGAAGAGGGCGGGAAAGCCGACGUCCUGCUUCUUCCUGGACGUGCAAAAGGCAUACGACACCGUAUGGAGAAAUGGGCUGUGGAAACAACUGUCCAAGUAA